AUGUGCGAUCCUGAGUUUGUUAGGCGGAUGAAGGAACGUUCGCCCCAAGGUAACGAUACGAUUUGCGUGUCUGCAUCCAGCGCGGGCGCGCGCUCAGAAAAGAAGUUUAGUGACGGCAUAUAUCUCCAGACGUUCAAGGCAUUUUUAGUGACCAACGCUGGCAGCUGCUAUGUCAAGGGAAUAAUCGACGGUGGCAGUCAGCGCACAUUUAUAAAAGAAGAGGUAGCGCAACGCCUAGGGCUGAAAGUCCUGCGGAGAACAAAGAUAGCACUCAACACUUUCGCCAGUAAUGCUUCGAAGGUUAUAGAGCGCAGUCCCGUUGUGGAGGUAAAGCUCAAAAGUCAAUUUGACAAUACAGAAAUAACCUUUGAAGCAAUUUCCAUCCCGGUCAUUUGCCAGGACGUAUCUACGCCAACAACGGACAUCCCGUUUGUGCGAUUUCUGCGAGAAAGCAGUAAGAAUUUGGCAGACGACGUAAUUUUCCCAGGUGUAAAAACAGUUCCUGAAAAAAGUCUGUUGAUUGGAUCCGACCAGUUGUGGAAGUUCUGCACAGGAGACGUGAUCAGGUGCGCAGAUGUGGACGGAUUGGUAGCGAUCAACACAAAGAUGGGCUGGACGCUGCAAGGUCCUUCAAGACAGGUGGGAAGGCUCCAAUGGGAUUCAAGUCUGAUGAUAUGUGUCCUACAAGCGAAGACAAAGGAAACCCAAGUGGAAGAGGCGCUACAGCCCUUCUGGGAGUUAGACAGAAUGGGAGUUGCCGACAGUGAGCUCGGAGACACUGAUGCAGACACCAUUACACACUUUGAGCAAAACAUCAUUAAGAAAAACGGACUAUACGAAGUGGCUCUGCCGUGGAAAGAAGACACUUUUGAUAUGCUGGCAAACAACUUGAAGUUGCCAUUUUACGUCUAG